AUGGCGCUCGGAUACAGAGGGUAUUACAUCUUCCUCCUCAGCCUCCUCAUCCUCAGGAAUGACUUUUUUAGAGAGAGGCACACGACACGAAGAAACAUCAGGAGGGGGGGUUAUCACAAGAGGCACACGGGAGAGAAAACAGGGCCGUCCGCCCCAAUCGAGACGCAAUCUCUGAUACAUAACAUUUCAGGUAGGCCCCUAACCCCUACGGAGGAGGGGACCCUAAAUAAGGGACUCUCCUUUAUUCCCACACCUCAUGUAGAGUGGCAUCAAUAUGAUGUCAGUUUGUAUAAGUUUUUUUCGCCAACUUAAAUUACGUGCAUUUUUUUCAACAGAUCAACACAAUGACGGUAUGACAUCAGGACCUAUUGACAGUAAUACUCAGAUUAUACAGGAACCCCUACGUGAGGAAGGAGAUGUGGAAGAUAUGGGACAUAAUGGCACCGACCUAUAUGCGGUCCUUCCCUUAGAUACAGGUUUGAAACCUAAAAGUACCUUCACACCACAUAAUGUCAAUGCAUCGAUAGAUUUAUUUACUAAUCUUGUGAAGAAAGAUGUAUAUAAGCUCAGGAAGAAACAUCAGGGUACACAUAGCUGUCAAAGACAAAAUGUUAAUUUUACUAAACAAGACUGGCUUAACAUCAACAAUUUAAAGAGAGAUACUUCUAUUAUUAUUAAACCGGCAGACAAGGGGGGAGCAUUGGUGAUUAUGGAUCGCACAUAUUACAUAAAGGAAAUUGAGACUCAACUUACAGAUAAUACCAAUUAUUUGCCUAUAGGUCAGGAUCCUACCCAUACUUUGAAACAUACACUAGAUAGGCUUAAUAAAUGGGCCCUUUCCAAAGGGAUCAUCUCUGAUGGGGAAUAUAAAUAUAUGAAUCUUAAAUAUCCUAGAAUCCCAGUGUUCUAUACACUUCCAAAGAUUCAUAAGAAUCCCCUCUUUCCCCCAGGUAGACCAAUAGUCAGUGGAACUGGGUCUAUAUUUCAACAUCCGGCAGAGAUACUCGAUAAAUUUCUGAUUAAAUAUGUCUCGCUACAGAAAUCCUACCUUAAGGACACUACCACGUUCCUCACACUAUUAGCAGACAUACAGGUUCCACCAG